AUGGUCUCGCCCCGCCCGGCGGUGGCGGCGGGGAGCGUGUGCGGCUCCGCUCGGCGCGGAAGAGACGCGGGCUCGGCGGUGCAGAUGCCGCCGCCGCCACCGCUGCAGCCACCGCUCGGGGAGUGCGAGCGGGAAGCGGGGGCGCGGGCCGCCCGGCACCGGCGGCGCCCGGAGGAGCAGGUGCAACAAGAGCAAAGAAACCACACCGCAGAACCUGUAAUAGAUGACUAUAAAAAGAUGGGGACUCUCUUUGGCGAACUAAACAAGAGUCUUAUCAGAAUAGGCUUCACAAGGAUGUACUUUGGAGAACGGAUAGUAGAACCUGAUGGACUCUUCAGUACUGUUUGACACCUGCCAAAUGCCUAAAUGUUUGAACUACCCUGUGCAGAGCAGAAACUCUUCAUGUAGGAGAAUCUUGGAGAACCCUGUUUGCACUGAAAAAUUAGCACAUCAAAACUGUCCACAUAAAAAGGAAGAAUCAUAUUUCUUAACAACUCUGUAUUAAAUGAAUCCUAUGGAAAGCACUUUGUUAUUCUUUCUAAUAAAAAGUAUUGUCAUCAAUGAAAA